AAUACUGACAACGUGACGUGACGACUGAUAUAUUUAACGUACCGAUAUUUUUUUAUUUUAAACAUACAGAUAAUCACAGAUACGUAUAAUGGACAAAGUCGACAAAGUUAAAUUCCCCGUAUUAGUGGAUAACGAAAUGAUCACUAUGUUUCUCGAAAAAGAGAUCGCGUUAAGAGCAUCGAAAGAUCAAGAUUUCUUGAUAAAAUAUAGACUCACUACUACUACUGCUACUACUGCUGCUAAUUCUGUUGUCAUCAUUCACUAAUGAAAAUAAGGCUAUUGUUGGCAAUGUUUCGAUGUCCAUUGUGACCAUGGUAGCAUCCAUUUUUCCUUUCACAUCAAACGCAUUAAAAGUCGUUCCGUUCCCAAAAGCGCAUAGGCGCAUUAACGAAAACGGAACGAUAUCAAUGCGCGUAACGCAUUGGUUGCGAUCGAUGCGCUCGAUGCGUGAAACGGAACGCAGCCUAAGUUAUAGAGUUCCUGGGUACACCUAUCAUAGAACUCGUCGGAAUCGAUUCCGAUCGGAAUAAUUCCGUUUCCCCUAGAAAAGACAACAGAAAUCUAGGAAAUAACGGAAUAAAUUCGAUCGGAAUCGAUUCCGACGAGUUCCAUAAUAGGCACCCCGGUUCAGCAGUGCAGCUACAAAGAACAGACCAAUAAUCCACGGUAAUCCGUACGGUUAGUGAGUUCAUGCACGGUGCCGUCACGAAUGGAUCAUCCAGGGAGAUUCAUUAGAAGAGAGUUGGACGAGCUUGAACGUAUACAAUUCACAUUUGAAGAGCCGAUAAAUCGCUACAGUAAAAGCAACUGACCUUUAGACGCCAUGGAAAAGUUCACGAUGUUCGCUGCCGGUGUGGGCUUCGCUUUCUUCAUCGGUCUAUUUGUUUUAUGGGGUCCGUCGCCUAAACCAAGAAAAAGAGGCAAAAUUAUAGGGAUUAACAAUUUAGGAUACACAUGCUUCUUGAAUUCUCUCCUGCAAGCAUUGGGUUCUUGUCCUCAAUUCAUCCUAUGGCUUGAAAAACAACGGGGAAAGAAGAACAGGAACUUUAUUAAUACUCUAUUUUCUAUUCUCAACAAAAUUAAUGGUUUUGAUGAGGAUUUUUAUGGUAAUGUGACACCUACUGAAAUAAUCUCUUCCCUUGGCACAUCUUGGAAUUUUGGACCUGGUCAUCAAGAUGCACAUGAAUUAUUCCAUGUGAUUUUCAAUGCAUUAGAAGAUGAAGUACAACCUGUGAAUAGGAAGGGAUGUUUGUCCGAUGUGUUAUAUAAAGGAAAUGAAUUGAAAGAUAUCUUAAACAAAACCAAACCUGGCAUGAUUAUCGCCAGAUCACCAGAGCUGUUGUCAAGAAACAAUGGCGAGUAUAUAAAUUCCAUAUGGUCUUGGCAGUGUCUGUUUACUAUACCAUAUUCUAACACUCCAUCGACGGAAACAAAUCCAUUCUCAGGACUGAUUACCAGCCAGUUACAGUGUAGCACCUGUGUGAAGAAGGUACUGCAAACUAAAUCUUCAGUACGUUAUGAUAAGUUUGAGAGUUUGCUAUUACCAUUACCACCAUAUACUUCGCAAUUCAUGCCGCAGUAUACUUUGGAAGAUCUGCUGUCACGCUUUGUAGACAGUGAAGUGGUGAGCGACGUAGAGUGUGAUCGAUGUUCAUCACGCUGUGAAGCCACCAAAACUCUCCGAAUUGGCAAACUGCCAAAGUGUUUGUGUUUGCAUAUUUCAAGGACUACAUGGAGCUCCUCAGGAUCAACUAAGAGGGACGAUCCAGUUACUUUCCCACAAACGCUUAUAUUGGAUCCUUUCAUCUAUAAGGAGCAAAAAAGAAGAAACGCGCAGGGUGAUGCAAAAGAUCUAUGUAACGGUUUCACGAUGACGCAAAACAAAUACAAAUACCAGUUGUGUGCGGUAAUCGAGCAUCGCGGCCCGGUAGAUAGUGGUCACUUCGUUUGCUAUAGACGUGCUCACAAAGAGAAUAUGUGGUUGUAUACGUCUGAUGUUGUCGUCGAAAGCGUGUCUCUGACACAUGUGUUGUUCACCAAUCCAUACAUGCUUUUUUACGAGCGCAUCACGGCUUCGCAGGAGACUACGAUGCGCAAAGGCUGUAGCUAGGAAUGAAUUUUCAAUGCGAUAGAAAUUACGAAAUCUAGGAAUUACGAAAUUGCGCUUUGAUCGGUAAUGGGUCUGUUCUUAGCUACGUUCUUACGUGCUUCCGAUAUUUGGAAUGAAGCGACUAUGACAGCGACACGGAGAUCGUGCGAAGAUACAGAAUUGCAGAUGGAAUUUGCAAUUGUGGAAUUGCAACGAAAGAGACGCGAGGUUCGCGCGGACCGCAACAGACUGUUGAAUUUUUUUUACACUCGAUAUAAUAUCGCUUGAUAUCGCGAUGUAAUAGUAAAUGUAAUUUCAUCGUAGCGUCGAAUUAUAGAACGUGUUUCUUAAGUGAUAUUUUACAGCGAUGGCUCUAUACUAUAUUAAAUGCGUAUAAUCUAAAAUUCAUCGGUGUGUCAUAAAUGACGAACGACGAUAAUCGCCAUUACGCCAUAACAAGUUUGGCAAUUAAUAGUGUCGAAAAAAGAGAAGUUCCGCUUCGAACACAAAUAAUGUGAUGAUAUUAGAUUUAUAUUUGAAAAAACUGCCAAUACUAAUCGAAUCCUUUGAUCUUAUUAAAGUUUAUUCUAACGAAAAUGUGCCAAAAUAAAAUGCUUUAAAUUUAAUGAAUCAAAGGUAACAAAUUUUACAUAUUUUUAUUUUAUUUAUAUCCGUGACGUAUACUCGUAUUUAUAUGUAAGAUUAAUAUUGCAAUCAGAGACUAAUAAUUAAUUUAUGGAAAAUUAUCGGAUGUAUUAGUUGGCCAUCGAAUAGAGAAUUACUACAAAUUCCAAACUGCUUUCUUCAAGAAACCAGAAAUUCUCUAUUUGAUGACCAAUUGGUUGUAAUGUGCAAUAUCAGUUUUCGGAUGUCACAAGCUAUUAAAUUAAAUGAAAUUAAUAAGCUGUUUAAAUCUUUCUUAAUUUGUAAUAUCAGAUUUUAUUAUCGAUUAUUUAUUGCGAGUUAUCGAUUCGGAAAAUCGUGACAUAGUCUUAAACAAUUCGCAACCAAAAUCGUUAAAUUCAACUGCAUAUAGUGUAUUGAUUUUAUCUCUAGUGGAAAAGAAGGAAUUAUUAAAAUUUCUAAUUCUUUUAAUUAUAAAA